CGACUUAUUCAUUUCCGGGAUAGUACUGGACGUAGUCGCAACUACGAUCAAGCACAUAUCGUCAUGCUGGACCGCUAUGUAUUUACUCUCUCUUUUGCAUUUCUGUUCAGCGUAGCUGAGAUGUCUAACAAAGUUGACAGUUUUCCAGCACCGUUCUACAGAGUUUUAAGUCUGGAGAACCCGCCAGUGGAAGGAAAAGAUGUUGUGAUCCUACAAAAUCUACUGCUGAGAUCACCAUUUGUGAGGCCCAUUAGAACAAGUGGUGUGUACAAUAGGGAAACCAGUGAGGCUGUAGCCAGCUACCAGAAGGGAAAUGGCUUGCCAAGCAAUGGUGUAUUGAAUGCAACAACAGCCUCUCUUGUUCUCAAGCAACUGAUGUAUGACGGAUAUCGAGACGAUCACACUGUGCCUUCAGGGUAUAAAUUUAAGGUUCAUGUUCCUGUGUACAAAGAUCGGACAAUUGAAACAAAUGCCACUCUUUACAACUCAAAUAACAAGGUCAUGUACACAUUUCGCGCACGUUGCCAUGGUGCCAUGAAUGCUGCUGGCAAAGAUAUAAAUCAGCUUACAAGGAAUGGAAAUACUCCAACUGGACUUGUGACAUUUGACCUCAACAGUCCUGAGCCAGACCCAAAAUCAUUUGGCCCGUAUCCUGUCAUAAGAGCAGUCAAAGGUCUAAAAGGAAAUGCAGCAAUUGGUAAAAACAAAGAUGACACCUUUCUAAGUGACUACAGGAGUGGAAUUUUAAUGCACACUGGAGAGUGGGAUCAUUGGAAUCCAUCUGAGCCUAUGCCUAACAGUCAUGGAUGCAUACAUGUGCACCCAACAGACUUGAAAAACAUUGACGAUAUCCUUGUACACAAGCUGGGUGUGGUUAUACACAAAAAUCCUUUUGAAGAGAACCCAUACCCCUAUGUACCUCAAGGCAUUCUAUCUGUUGAGCAAAUUGGCUGAUACUUAUAGAAAUAGCAUGUUCCAGGCAUUCAGUCAGUUAAGUAGAAUAUAAUGGCAAAUGGUACAAUAGAAGUGGAGUGAAAAAGCAAGAGAGGUUUAGGUCAUGUUUUUCAUUCCUCAGCAACAUUAUUGAGCUUCAUUUUUACUAACUGAUUGCCUGGAACAGGCUAUGAUAGUAUAAGGAAGUAUAACAUCACUAAAUGAGUCCUUUUCAAUCAAGUGUUGUUGAAUUGAAACCACGUAAUCAUUGUAAUCACAAUGGCCGAUCAGAGCAAAGCAAAUUUGUCAAGGAGGCAAUGGGAACUCAAAAUGAACAUUAGCCUUAAUGCAGGAAAGCAGAAGAGACUAAGUCCCAAUUGCUUUUAGUCUUGCAUCUAAGUAGUGAGGAGAGUGGUCCAAACUGCCUCAGCUAAUCAAGAAGCUAAGUGAAGAAGAGCAUUUUUCCAUUAGGUGUCAGAAGUAAUCUGAGAUUUCCUUCCUUCCCAUUGUGACUGGUCCACUGUGCCACUCUCUAAGCCAAUCAGAUGCAAAACUAAACUCAAUCACAACUUGGUCAUGAUCACCCCCCCAUUUUCCUGACCUUUACAUGAUGUGGUUGUGUUUACUGCAAGUUUUGUUGACUCUCAACCCUUCACACCCAGACACCAAUAUGCAUAUUCUCCAUACUCUUCUCCAUACAUUUCCCAAGGUGUUAACAAGGAGAAUUUACUUCACAAUCAGGAGUUUCUUUAGUUGGUGAUCAUUUUCUUUAUUCUUGUUACCAUAAUGUGUGAUUCAGGAGUGAUAUUGUAAGGAGAAUUUGGAUUCAAGUCACUCUUAGGGUUUAAAGGGUUAAAGGUAUUUUCCUUUCUUCUGAUUGGCCAUUGUGAUUACUUUGGUCUUGGUUUUACAACACUCAAUCAUAAAGUAAAGCACCCAUAAGGCAUUGCAGCCCUAGAUUACUUUGGACACUUGGCGAAAAUUGCUCCAGACUAAUAGCGAUCAAUAAUUAUCCAAAGAAAAAGAGACCCUUCAUUUGUUUGAAAUUAUAUACAAGAUUACAAGCUCAACGACUACCCAAAGUUUUGAUCUACUAAAUGGAGAGAUUUCUUAGCUCUUUUCAAAAAUUAUUAAUUGUAGAUUAAUUUUGGAUGUUUUUUCAU